GAGGCCAGUUUUUCUCAGUUGUGCUUCUUUAUUGUCCCGUGGCGAGGUUAAACAGGCAUGGUUAUGAGGAGAAGAAAGAGUGCCGGGAAAUCGACCAGAAAACACACGGACCGGGUGCAGCGACAGUUGUCUUCUUCCAGUCGCGAUCGCGCCGCACGUCGACAUGCCCGACAUGAAGGUCAUCAGGAAUUACCAGAAGACAUCAUGAUGGAUGCAGCCCAGUUGUUCCGAGAGAAUAUCAAUGCUCCUUUUUGGAAACGAAGACCGUUUUAUUUCCUCGUCGGACUCACGGUAGGAUUGAUGGGCAUGUUUGCCGUUUCCAGCACUCCCGCGGCUCAGAGCCAUCUCGGUGACUUGCAAACCUACUUGGCCUUGCAAUUGGCAGACAUCGAUCUUGCCAACGUACUGCCGGCCUCAGGCAUGAUUGAUGAUCUAUUUGGCAAUUUCACCAACCUCGUGAAAUCCGCUCCCUCCAGUGAAAUUCCCUUUAUGCCGGCUAUUGCUCACAGAGAACAACUCAAUUUGAAGCCGCAUUUCCCGGUAGUGUUAAUGCAUGGUAUCAUUUCCUCUGGACUGGAAAGCUGGAGUACAUCGGAGAAAUCCAAAAAGUACUUCCGAAAACGCAUGUGGGGAACCACCACCAUGUUUCGAUCGGUGUUGUUGGAGAAGGAGCUUUGGACAGAACAUCUUAAACUGGAUCCGUGGACGGGAUUGGACCCUCCCGAUAUUAAACUGCGCGUAGCACAAGGAUUGGAUUCGGCCGAUUACUUUGUGACAGGGUACUGGAUUUGGGCCAAAAUUAUUGAGAACCUGGCGGCUAUAGGGUACGACAGUAAUACCAUGCAUCUUGCCAGUUACGAUUGGCGUCUUUCCUUUGCCAACUUGGAAACCCGCGAUCAGUACUUUUCACGUUUAAAAUCCACCAUUGAAGUGGCGUACCAGGCCAACCAUCGCAAAUCCGUCGUCAUCACGCAUUCCAUGGGUUCGGUCUUGUUCCCGUAUUUCCUCAAAUGGGUAGAACAUCCUGAUUACGGGAACGGAGGUCGUGAUUGGACCGACAAGUACAUCGAGUCAUUUGUCAACGUCGGCGGACCGAUGAUGGGUGUUCCCAAGGCAUUGACUUCCAUGCUUUCUGGCGAAACGCGUGAUACCAUGAACUUGGGCAGUUUCGGGGCCUAUUUGCUGGAAAAGUUCUUUUCUCGACGCGAACGAGCCAAUCUAAUGCGUACCUGGGCUGGAGGCUCAUCCAUGCUUCCAAAAGGCGGUGAAAUCGUGUGGGGAACACAACAGCAAGCUCCCGAUGACGAGCGCAAUGAAGCAUAUCACUCUUUUGGCAAUAUGAUUUCAUUUGUUCCUCAGCUCGUUGAAAUUUCCAAGAACGGCACCGAAAUCAAAAAGACCGCACUUCAUGACAUAUUACUUCGAAAUCAUACCAUUCACUCUUCCAUGGGGUUGCUCCAUCACAGCACCGACGAAGCUUACCAAGAAAUGCUGAAGCGCAACUACUCUUUUGGUAUCACUACGUCCAAGAAGCAACUGGCCAUCAAUGAUAAUGAUCCAAGGACAUGGUCCAACCCCGUCGAAUCGAAAUUACCCAUUGCUCCUAAUAUGAAGAUUUACUGCUUUUAUGGGGUUGGCUUACCUACCGAACGCAGCUACUUUUAUGCUGCCACGAGUGAUCAAGACACGGCGGCUCAGCAAGAUGCUAUGGCCGUCAACGACACGGAUAAACAUGUGGCCGAGGCAGAAUCGAAACCGCUGGAACUGUAUAUCGAUGCUUCUAUUCAUGAUCCGAUGGAAAGGGUAGAAACCGGGGUUCGGUUUAGCGAAGGAGAUGGCACCGUCCCACUUCUUUCUCUUGGGUACAUGUGCGCGCCUUCAGGAGGGUGGACAAAGCAUGCGGAUCUGUAUAACCCGGGUCACAGUCCGGUGAUUUUAAAGGAAUAUCAAGACGAAAGUGAAGGCAUGCUGAAUGUUCGCGGUGGCAGUAAAGCGAGCAAUCACGUCGACAUUUUGGGCAAUUGGGAAAUGACGUUGGAUCUUUUACGCAUUGUCUCCAAUCAAGGUGAUCAAGUGUCCCAACGCAUCACAUCAAACAUUGAACAAAUUGCGCAGAAAGUCGAGUUGCAACACGAGCGAUGAUGCGU